CGUUCCGUUGAGUUCGGCAUUCUAUUUUAUCCACCACGUCGUCGGUCGCCCUCGCGUGGUCCUUCGCGUAUCGGCACCCGCAGUUCAAACAUUAUCCAAAACCCACCACAGUACCUUGUCACACCGUAUCGGUUCGGGACGCGCCGUUUAGUUACGACCAAGAUCUCGCAUGAACCGGACGGACGGUUGGAUAAGGCGUGUAGAAAGCGAAAAACAAAAUUUCCUAUUUUACCAAUUGUUGCUAUUGCUCACACAGGCAUUCUUGUUCUACUGCCGUUUUAAGUGUUAUUCGGGCGAUGACUGGCCGUGUGCUACUUUCUAGAAAUUUCUGCGAAAUUAAGACACCAACCAACGGCAGCAAACAAAGGUUUACAGUCUUCGUCAUUGCUGUUGCGAAUGCCGCCCCCGCCGUCAAGAACCCGUCGGUCGUCAAAAGUUAUCCGUUUUCAUUCCGCCGAAGUCGCGUUGUUUUAACCGUGUGAACCCCGGGCGAAAAUUUAAACCGGCACCGAUUGACUUUACAGAGUGUUCUAAUUGUUAUUUUAGUUCUGUAAGAGCGCGUAGUGGCAGUUACGAUUUUUCCUUCGAUGCGAACGGAAUCAGCGAAAGUAAAUCACAUUGCGAUUCCGCGAAGGCAGAAGAAGUAUAGCGGAGAGAUCGGCGAAGUAGAACUUUCCGCAGCUAAGCUAAAGGUGUUCUAGUUCGAUUAGUUCUGUUCGAGGGAAAGCUCGCUCGCGAAGACUUGCUCGGUAUCCAGAUAUAUGUAGAGAGGCGUGCACUGAUUACAAAGGGACUAGAGUGGGUGAAACAUGCGGCGGCGCUCAGUGAAUAAUGCAAUUGUCUGGCGCGAUAGUUGCUUCUUGUGUGUCUUUGGAGUGGCCCUUGCUGUACGGAAAGGUUAUAAUUAACACUGACGAGCUGCGGUGAGGCACAAGCGCGUGUAGCGAAUCCAUGUUGUACGGUACGGUGUGGAUGAUCGUUAAGAAAGGGAAGCACGGUAGAAGGGGCCGGUCAUAUUAUCGCUGUAGUGUUCAAUCGGCUGCAAUUGAUUGAUUAAUCGAGUGUUUGAUAAAGAAAGAAUUGUGAGCAGAAAACGAGUGAAUAAAUGCUUAGUAAUGGUUUCGCGGGCCAGGAAAUGAGUAAAUGCUCAGAAGAUCUAAUUCGACCAUAGAUCACUCGAUCGUAGGUUUGCGCUCUGUGUUUAGGUCUGUGAAUAGUUGAUCUUUGCACUGUUGAGAGAGCAAGAUUGCGAUUUGGAUGUAAAUAGAAAUAAAUUUUGGUGCUUUUGACCCCGAUUUACCUAGCCCAUGGCAAUACUGUCGAUGAGCCAGCGAAAAGUGAAAUAUAAAUGUUAUCUUCGCCAAUGUCUGUCAACGCAACGGAAGACACCCUACCGGCGGGUAUGAACAACAAAUCACUCAACGAAGCUGCCCGAGUUGUGCUGGUCUACUACGUAGGCAUUCCAUGACCGGCAGAGACCUCGCCAGCGGCUUUCAUGAUAACUAAAAUACUUCUUCGGUGUCGGUUGGACCGGUUUGCGAAAAACGACGGGAUGCGGAAUGUAAAUAAAUAAAAUUUCACGAUUCACCAGUGUCUUGAAAUAUAACAACGGGGCAGAUUAAAGCAGCAAAACAAAACAUAAAAAUUCGACCGCCUCUCGAAACGUGAAGUGUUUAGAAGUGCGCAGAGAUUUACAACCACCUUGUCGAUGGCAGGGCAGGUGCGCUCCCGUGUUUAAUAGUAGAAUAAAUAUCGAUCAGCUGUAAUCGGCUGUCUUCUGUAGGUGCUUUGCUUAAGUUUGCUGCUCGACGCUUGUUUUACAUUAUUCCAAAAAUAGUUACCGUAGUGGCGCUAAUGGUUUGCGCAAAUGUAGUGAAAUAUAUUUAUAUAUAGUUAUAAGUCCUAAAGAAAUACCGAUUACCCAGAGUGCGUGUAGAAGCAAUUAGCACAAAAUUGAUGGCUUCCAGCUUGCUGUUGUCGAUGCUGUCGAUAUUGCGACUGCCGUUACGAGUGUACUGAGCGUUGGACCAACGAAAUAUCCCAAAAGGGAACCUGUGAAAAGACAGCGAAGUCGUCGGUUCGGUACCGGCGAAGUGGCUGCUGAAGGUGCUUCAAACCGGCCGUGGUGCUAUUAGCAUAUUGAAAGUGCGUGCAAACUAUCGGACAAAAAUAGGGCCGACCGGCUUGCCCGUCCACGAAUGUCACUGCUGGGGAAGCCGCUCAACUAUAAUCGCGGCUCACGACGUGAUGCCCGUUAUAGGCGGCUGCAGAGCAGGGUCUACAAUUUUCUGGAACGACCGCGGGGCGUAAAAGCGAUUCUUUACCAUGUCCUUGUAUUCUUCAUGGUGUUCACAUGUUUGGCCUUAAGUGUCUUCUCAACUAUUCAGGAAUACGAGCUACAAGCAAUCGCCAUCUUAUUCGUCAUGGAAAUCGUCGUAGUUGUAUGGUUUUCGAUCGAGUUCUUCCUACGAUUAUGGUCAUCAGGAUGUCGCUCACGAUACCAAGGAGCCGUCGGGAGGCUGAAAUUUUUGAAACGGCCUUUUUGUAUUAUAGAUGUAGUGACGAUAGUUGCCUCGAUAGCGAUACUUGUGAUGCGAUCGUCUGGCCAGGUCUUUGCGGCGAGUGCAUUGCGUGGCCUGCGAUUCUUUCAAAUCCUUCGGAUGGUGCGAAUGGACCGUCGUGGUGGCACGUGGAAACUACUAGGGAGCGUCGUUUAUGCUCAUAGACAAGAACUAAUUACAACGUUGUACAUAGGAUUCCUGGGCCUUAUUUUUGCCUCGUUUUUAGUGUAUUUAAUGGAGAAGGACGUGGAAGGAACCAAAUUCAAUAACUUUGCUCAAGCCUUGUGGUGGGGUGUGAUAACGCUAUGUACGGUCGGAUAUGGUGAUAUGGUUCCGGAUACGUGGCAAGGGAAAAUUAUAGCAUCGUUUUGCGCCUUACUCGGAAUCUCCUUCUUCGCCCUGCCGGCGGGAAUCCUCGGCAGCGGCUUCGCCUUGAAAGUACAACAGCAGCAGCGACAGAAGCACAUGAUCCGCCGCCGCCAGCCGGCUGCAACGUUGAUCCAAUCGCUCUGGAGAUGCUACGCAGCCGACGAACAUUCGCUUUCCGAAGCGACCUGGAAAAUUCACCAAGUACCUCUUCCAAGCCCGCCGCCAUCAAAUGGACUAAGUCAAAUUUCACUUAUUAGGCGGGCGUCCUCGAGCUUCAAGCACAACGCCUCGUUCGUGGCCCGGCUGCCCACGAUCCGGCGGCACAAGAGCCAAUCUCUGCACUCUCCCGGGAACGCGAAACCGUCCAGUGGAAGCGGUGGCGGAGGGGGCAGUGGCCGAACCGGUCGUUGCCCACGGGUGACGGACAUCAACGCUUCCUCGGAGAAUCUCGCUCUUAAUAUAGAAACCACUGAAUCAAGCGAUCGACGGUACCGUAUCGUGCGAUUGAAGGUUCCUUUCGAGUCAAUAUUCAAACAGCGGAGGCCGAGCGGCAUGCAAGACGAAGAUGAGGAACCGAGAUGUGUACAGCUAACAAACCAGCACAAAGGGGCCAUCCGUUUCAUCCGAAAGAUGAAGUACUUUGUAGCGAGGCGCAAGUUCAAAGAGGCCUUAAAACCGUACGACGUAAAAGACGUCAUGGAGCAGUACGCAGCCGGACACGUCGAUCUGCUCGGUCGAGUGAAGAAUGUUCAAACUAGGUUAGACCAAAUUCUUGGCAAACAAGGAUCAAAAUCAAAAGAUGUGUAUGCAUCGAAAAUUAGCUUAGCUUCUCGUGUAGUGAAAAUUGAAAGACAAGUCGAUGACAUAGAGACAAAGGUAGAUACGUUUAUAGAGUUAUACAUGCAGGAUCGGAAGCGUCUUUUAUCACUUCCUCUUCAUCCUGACACAUCACAUUCCAACAAUCCAAACCUUCCAUCGUUGCCACCGAAAGGGGGCGGAGCAGCGGCUGUAAUCACAUCUGUGACAAGUAGUUCUAGUGGUUCGUUAAAACCAAAACCUAUUUUAAUAGAUAAACAAUUUUCGGAGCCGAAUUCACCGAUAGCGAAAACAUUCGAAGAACCAAUACAGCAAAAACGUCCACCAAUGCAACGCGGAUACUCCGACCUGGGUCAUAGGAUUAAGAAGCGUGUAACCUUAAGUUCUAUACCUCCGCAGUACGUAGGAAACAGUUCCGGUCAAACGAAUGAUCGUGGUGACGUAGUAAUUGUAGUUCCUAACCUCGAUUCCGACCAACUGGAACCGGUUGGCAUCGAGGAUCUCGCGUCGGUCUGCAUCGACACCGAGAUCGAAAUCGAACCCGGUAGCCCGAAGACCAUCACGGAAAGCUCAAUUAUAAUGAUGGACGAAGAGGAUGACGAUGACGAUGAAGAGGAAGAUAUCGAAGAGGAGGAGCUGGACAUCGGCGGUGAGAUCGAUCCUGACUCGCCACCCUGGGACAUGUACGGCGAUCUGGACGCGGACGAUCAGGAGGACACAACGGAGAACACGGCACUGCUGCGGACGGCCGCCAAAACAGAGAUUAUCGUUACGCCCAUCAGCCCGGUCAGUUCCGCGUAUGAACUCAACAGGAUGGACAGCGAGGAGUACAAACGAUCCCGGCUGGGAAUUGCCGGAACUAGCAGCUGUACUACUAGCAAUGGUACUGCUUCGAAUGCCAAUAACAACGACGGUGACAGUCGACAGCUCCCGGCAGCUACCGGCACUACGACCGGUACUACCAUGGAUUCACUCAAGCCGGAAAUGACUCCGCAGCGGCUUCAGCGGCUAUCCUCCGAAGACAUAUGAGAAUGGCUGAAACUGUCCCCAACAAUCCCAUUUAGUUUGUGCCACCCUGGCUGCGACGGCAACCACGGUGAUGACAGUCUCCUCCCAUUCCGAACAGCGUUCGAUUCUGUUUUUCGCGAAAUUUACCAGCUAAUCAUGAUAUUGACGGUUCUCUCGCUUGCGACACUGACGUCAACUAGCGAUGACGGUAGAAUGGUGCCAGCCACCAGCCACGUUCGCCGAUUACAUCGAAAACACACAGAUGCACCUGUGCGUGUCCAAGCUGGAUGCAGCAUAACCGAAAGACGGCAGUACCGUGCAGAAACGAUCAACCAAUCACAGGCGUAUAGGUUUAAAAUUAGUAUUUACUUAAGAUAACCAUUUAUUUUCUCCCGCUGACUUCGAAGAUCAACAGUCUAAGUAAUGUAGGAAAACGAUUGUAGGUUUUAAGCUUAAAAAUUGUAGCGUACUUCGAUUUUUUGUACCAUUUUUCAAACAAAAGAAUUACCAGUUUUCUGUACUCAUAUGUUAAUUAUGAGUGAAAUUCACCAAAUACUUUGCGAAAUGUUUGCUACCAAUGCAUAAUUAUUCUGAGACUUUUAAUGAUGGUAAAAUUUAUAUUUCUAAUGCCUAUUUAAUAACAUAAGCUUUACUUUUAGCCAUUUUCAAUGGCAUUCGUAGUAGUUGUGGCAUUAAAUUUUAGAUUCAAGUAAUGGUAUUUGAUUUUAUUCAGAUUAUCAACUUCAUGUGAUUGCAAGAAAUUAUUUUUUUCUGACUUUUCAAGUAGCUCCAAAUGUAAGCUUAUUUUAACUUCUUUAUAGUAUUGAACAUGCAAACAUUCAAUAUAUUUUUUAUAAAUUUAGUAAACCAUCUCAAAUACAUGAUAUUCCAAUUUGCACAUGAAUAUACUCUUGCGGUCGAUUAAUAUACCUAGUGUACGUUUACUAUGCCAGAGGCAUACCGUUUCCUACUUCGUUGUAAAUAGUAAUUAGUUUUCGUUUAGUUAUUAUUCAACAGAUUUUUAAAUUAUCACAACUAUAUUCAAAGCAAGCACAAAAUGACAGCAUUGUGAUUUCCGAUCGAUACUAUCCUCAUGACAACAAGUAAGUCUCGAAUAUGAUUCAACAAUUUAGUGAAGAUAUAGGAUUCAGGCAACAUUAGAAUAUGAUAGCAAACUUAGGUACUAAACUAAUGAACAGCCGAAGAGCCCAAAACAGUAAACAAACAUGCGGUACAACCGAAAUGAAUAACCUACUAACGAAUCACUAGACGAGUCGUGAGUAGAAGCGAAAUACAGUUUCGAUUGUAGAAAAGGCUAAACAAGUAAAUACCUAACAACAUCAAAUAAAUGUUCCAUGACGAGCAAAUCGAUGCAUAUAUUAAUUAAUGACAAAAGGCCAAAUGCGGAUUUCGACAACAACAAAGCACACUUUCAAGUGACAAAAAGCGUAGUAAAUUUUACAUAGCACACAAAUACACACAGAACAAUAGUAACUAUCGCGAAUUGCAAGCUAGAUUACCGUAGAAUUAGUUACUAAGUUACAAUGCAUACAAACAUGUCAAUUAUUAAUUAUAAAUCAUAAAUCAAAGGAGUGCGGAAGUGUAGAGUAGCGAAGAGAAAACGUAUGACUUUCAUACAAACUGUGUAAAAAGAAUAAAUCGUACCGAAGGCCGGUUUCAAUGCGUUCAAAAACACGUGACGUGCUCUCUCAACGUGCGACUCGUAAUAUAACUGUACAUAAAUAGAAAGUACACGAAUAUUCAUCUCAGGCCAGAUUAACGCGUUUUCACUUGUCCGUGGAAUCGCCCAAAACGCUAGCUAGCUUUCGUAUACGAAACGAAAGGAUUUGAUUGAAAAUUAUAAUCUCAGUAUUUCCAUUGAAACGCACACACACACACACGCAUUACUCUCACACACAAACGCAAACUGCUGCACUCAAAGUUCAGCCCGUUUUUUGUCAAAUCCUUUAGAGCCCUUCGGAUUAUACGAAAGCUAAGCGCAAACACAAAAGACAUUUUAAUACCAGGCAUGAUUCCAAAGGCAAUUGAAAACAAUAGUAAUACUAGCCGGUCAGAACGAGAUAUACCUAUACAAAUAUUUUUAAGGAAAGGUAGAAAGGCACGGAAACUCUGCCAAUCGGAAUCAAAAAUUUCUUCCAAUUGAACCUCUGCAUUCGGCUGUUUGAUCACUUACUUCUAUGCGGUCCUUAACUAGAUGAAAAUUGAACUCUCCGCGGACUCGUACGUUGGAGUCAGAUUAACAGAGAACACGCGAAUCAAACGUGAAAGACAAUGUGAGGGAUAUUAUAAUGCAUACUGUAGAGUAACAAACAAGACAAUAAUGUCCUGACGGAAGAAUUUAGUUACGGAAAAGUAUUCUAGUAGAACAUGAAAAAUGUGCGGAAAGAAGCACUUGAAUGGCAUUUUUUUUAAUCAAUUUUUAUUCAACAUUUUACCUUUCUUGUGUUAUUUGGAAUAUCUUGCGCCAUAAUUAAAAAUUGUUAGUGUCCAUUAAAUUUCAGUUCUGUUGAUUAUUUCUCAGUUACUUAUUUUACUGGUACAACUCUUUCUUGUUUUAGU